AUGUCUGCCUCUACAAAUACUGUCCCCGAGACUCCUCGAGUCAUAUCUCCCUCGCCCUCGCUGUCCGACAGAUCAGAAGCACGUGAUGGUUAUUUUGCGCCGACGACGAGAUCAGCAUCGCGUCGACAGCAGUUAUCUGGGGUCACAGAGGAAGGUUCUGGCCCAGAGAGGUCGCAUAGCCCGCCUGGUUCGACGCCCUCGACCUCGCGCAACCGUCGACCCAAACGGCGGUCAAACCCAAAAAUUCCAGCCUCGCCCCCGGCCACGAACGGCAUAUCCUCCAACGGUUUUCUGUCGCCCAAACUUCCAGAUGCUUUGCGCGAUAUUUCACGCUCUCCCUCGCCUCUCGGCCUGAUCCCUUUACACACGCGGUAUCGCAGUUUCAUUCAUCGCCAUGAAAUUCCUCGGAAGCUUCUACAUGUCUCGAUCGGAUUCUUGACGCUCGACCUCUACCGCCGCGGCGUUCAGACAUCUCAAAUCACACCAGUGCUCUUUACCGCACUAGUCCCCAUCGCAGCAACGGAUAUCAUACGCCAUCGCUCGGAGAAAGUCAACAAGUUGUACAUCCGGUGUAUGGGUGCGCUUAUGCGAGAGACCGAGGUCUCUGGAUACAAUGGUGUGAUCUGGUAUCUCCUCGGCGCAUACGUCGUCUUGAGGUUCUUCCCUAAGGACGUUGGUGUUAUGGGUGUCCUGCUUUUGAGCUGGUGUGAUACCGCUGCAUCCACCUUCGGCCGACUCUAUGGCCGCUAUACACCACAUCUGCGCCCUGGGAAGAGCCUGGCUGGAACCAUGGCCGCUUGGGCUGUUGGUGUCGUCACGGCUGCAGCAUUCUGGGGCUGGUUUGUCCCCUAUAUGGGCGCCUUCCCGAACGAUCCCCAGGAUGCGUUCAUGUUCACGGGUCGCUUGAACCUGCUCCCGAAUUGCGUUCGGGGUCUUUUGGGGUGGGAAACUGGCGUCACUUCCACUACGGUUACCGGCUCCGUGGCUCUGGGUGUGAUGAGUGUUGUCUCCGGCAUUGUGGCCGCCGGCAGCGAGUUCAUUGAUCUGUGGGGCUGGGAUGAUAAUCUGACGAUCCCUGUCCUUAGUGGACUUGGCCUCUGGGGGUUCCUGAAAGUUUUCGGCUAA